AUGCCAUGGCCGAAGCUCUGGUCUUCGUCGACAAAGGAUGAAGGUGCCUCGCCAGAGACCAUCGCCACGAAGGCAAACAGAACCUGGGAGUCGACGACUGCCAUAGUGUCAGAGGCAGCUGGGUCUGUUCAGCGCAAUACAGCGGAGGCCGUCCCUGCGCAGUUCAAGGCCUUUACGCAGCCCGAGACAAUCGUAGCUGCAGUCGUCCUAUCUGCCACCUCGUUCGGUCUCUACAGAUUCUACAGGUCGUACCUGCGAAGGAUACCUCAAGCCAUCAAUAUCAGCCCUGGAUACCUCGGGCGCAGGAGCCUUGUCGGCCAGGUGACGAGCGUCGGAGAUGGGGACAACUUUCGCAUGUAUCACACACCUGGCGGGAGGCUCGCAGGAUGGGGCUGGCUGCCGUGGAGGCGCGUCCCGACAGAGAAGAAGGCGCUGAAGGAUCAAACAAUACACGUUCGUUUGGCUGGGAUUGACGCGCCGGAAAUGGCUCACUUCGGACGACCAUCUCAACCGUAUGCGCAAGAGGCUCUUGACUGGUUGACUGCAUAUCUCGUGGGUCGCCGUGUCCGCACAUACGUCUACAAGGCAGACCAGUAUAGCAGAGUGGUCGGUACUGUGUAUGUCUGGAAGAAGUUGUGGCGGCGUGAUGUUGGUCUACAAAUGCUAAAAGCUGGAUAUGCUACGAUUUACGAGGCCAAAACCGGUGUCGAGUUUGGAAGAGCCAAAGAAGAGCGAUACAGGAGAGCCGAGUGGUGGGCAAAAGUGAGGCGGAAAGGGAUGUGGGCGGGAAAGCAACCGGAUUAUGAGAGUCCUCGGGAGUACAAGAAUCGACAUGGAGUCGGCGCUCCAAAAGAAGAAACGAAGCAAUGA